GAGAGAGGGAGGACUGAAAAAAGCCUUGGGAAAAUGUGCAGUGGAAAAUCUGUAGAAAUGAUGUAAGAGAAAGCAAAGGCAGGGAUUGGAGUGAGAGAUGUAUAACUGAGACUAUAAAAACUUCGAAAGAAAAUUCACCAUCAAGGCUGGGAUCUGGAGAAACUACACAGACAGGACUCUACAGUCAGAAUCUCCUGAUUUAUUACAAGAUGCUGGACUGGAGACUGCCAGGUGCACACAUCAUUCUGGCCGUGACGUUGGUGCUCUGGAGCUCAGGAAAAGUUCUCUCAGUGGAUGUAACAACCGAGGCCUUUGAUUCUGGAGUCAUAGGUGCACAAUCACCACCCACAGUUAGGGAAGAGAAAUCAGCCACUGACCUGACAGCAAAACUUUUGCUUCUUGAUGAACUGGUUUCCUUGGAGAAUGAUGUGAUGGAGACAAAGAAGAAAAGGAGCUUCUCCGGCUUUGGCUCUCCCAUAGACAGACUGUCAGCUGGCUCUGUAGAUCAUAAAAGUAAACAGAGGAAAGCAGUAAAUCAUCCAAAAAGGCGGUUUGGUCUCCCCGUGGAUCGGAUUGGUAGAAACCGGCUUUCAAAUUCCAGAGGUUAACUGGCUCCAAGUAUGCAGAUCCCUCCUGUGAAAAUAUCACCAAAAAUAGAAGAUGCUUCAGUGAAGUUCUUCGUACUCUUCUUUGUACUCUUUCAUGAUUGAACUUUUAAUGAACUGAUUUCUAAAGCUUGAGCUUCAGUCCAUCACAGCAUAGUAUUGUUUCAGUUUUAUUAAACUGUGUUGAUCCUUU